AUGGCACUGCUGAAAGUCAAAUUCAAUCAGAAGAAACGGGUAAAACUAGCGCAGGGACUAUGGCUCAUGAACUGGUUUUCGGUGUUUGCUGGAAUCCUUGUUUUUAGCAUGGGAUUGUUCCUCAAAAUUGAGCUCCGGAAGCGAAGCGAAGUGAUGGACAAUUCUGAAAGCCACUUUGUGCCCAAUUCUUUGAUAUUGAUGGGUAUAUUAUCCUGCGCCUUCAAUGGUUUUGCUGGAAAAAUUUGUUAUGAUUCUCUGGAUCCUGCUAAAUUUGCCAAGUGGAAGCCUUUGCUGAAACCUUACCUGGCUCUGUGCUGCGUCUUUAACAUGCUCCUUUUCCUGGUUGCUCUGAUUUGCUUCCUCAUGCGGGGCUCCCUGGACAGCACCCUGGCCCAGGGGCUCAAGAACGGCAUGAAGUUCUACCGGGACACGGACACCCCCGGGAGGUGCUUCAUGAAGAAGACCAUCGACAUGCUCCAGAUCGAGUUCAAGUGCUGCGGCAACAACGGCUACAAAGAUUGGUUCGAAAUCCAGUGGAUCAGCAACAGAUACCUGGACUUCAGCUCCAAAGAAGUGAAAGACCGGAUCAAAAGCAACGUGGACGGGCGGUACCUGGUGGACGGUGUGCCCUUCAGCUGCUGCAACCCCAGCUCCCCCCGGCCCUGCAUCCAGUACCAGGUCACCAACAACUCUGCCCACUACAGCUACGACUACCAGACCGAGGAGCUCAACCUGUGGCGCCGCGGCUGCCGGGAAGCGCUGCUGAACUACUACAGCGGCAUGAUGAGCUCCAUGGGCGCCGUCAUCAUCCUCGUCUGGCUCUUCGAGAUGUCGGUGAUGGUUGGCCUGCGCCUCCUGCACACCUCCCUGGAAAGCAUCGCCAAUCCCGAGGACCCCGAGUGCGAAAGCGAAGGGUGGGUCCUGGAGAACAGCCUGAAGGACACUUUCAAAUCCGCGCUGGAGAAUUUGAAAAAGCUGGGUAAGUUCAACCAGGUGGAGGCAGGAGCCGAAGGCGCCGAAGGAGAGGAAGGUGGGAAGACGCCAGCCAUCACGACAGUCAGCUGAGCUGCUCAUUGAGGUGGACUUUUUCUCAGAGAAAAAUAACAUAAACUGAGAAUUGUGAAUAAUCUCCAUUUUAAAAGCUAUGUAUCAUCCACCAGAACACACAUUUCUACGCAUGGUCACUUUUGUAUGUGGGAGCGUACCACAUAGUGCACCUUGGGAUAAAACACUUAUCCACAAUGUGAGUACACCAUAUCCGUAUCCCUUUGGGAAUAUGACCCCAACUAGGACUUCAAUAUUCACGUGUUCCCUUAUCAGAGACAGUUAGUUUAAGGAAAAAAAAUAAAAACUAAAAAAAAAAGAUUGCUGGCAUCACAUGGCAAUAUCCAUUCCAUCUUAUUUUGAAAUUAAAAGUGGAAUUUGAAAAGUUAAGGGUUUUUUGCUCAAGUUGUUUCACCAGCGUACUUUCUGUACUUAAGCUUUUAAGGAGAAACAGAUUGGGUUUCUGGAGAGUAACAUGAUAGAAUUCAAAGAAAGAAGGAUUUCCAGAAUUGUAUAUAACUUAGUAUACAGGU